AUGAAUGAUUGUAUCUUCAUCCACGUGGACCAGGAUGAUGUCCAAAUGAGCAAUGCCUCUUGGGAACUCUACUGCCUUGAACAUGGCACCCAGCCUGAUGGGAAGAUGCCCACUGAUAUGAUGGACCUACCAGAUGCAAUAAAAGUGCAUCGUCUUUUGAAUGCUUCCUCACCUGAAAUAAAAGUGAAGCCAGCCUUAUUCCUGGGCGCCAUUUGCCAUCAGUACUUCACCGCUGUCCUGCCUCCGGGAAUCGACCAGCCACUUAAGGUCCGCUUCUAUCACACUUUCUUCAUGGCAAUCGUUGCCUUGGGGAUCGUUCUGGACUACCUGGGACUGAACAACAUAGUAGGUCUUUUGCGACUUGCAACUAAGGGGCUCCCUGCUUGGUGGGACUCGGCACUUCUCAUCCAGAACCAGGAAUUUGAUGGUGUGCGAGUGAGGGUUUAUCAGCCUAAAAAGCCGGCUGCCCAAAAAAGGAAAGGGCUUCUGUACUUCCAUGGAGGAGCCGGUACUUAUGGAUGCAUCCAUUCGUAUGAGAGAGUAUUACGCCAUUUUGCCAAAGAAACUGAUUCAGUGGUCGUGGCUGUCGGGUACAACCUGGGUCCAGAGAAUCCAUACCCAAACCAAUAUACUGAAUGUCUCAAGGCUACUGUUCAUUUCAUGAAGAAUCCUGAAAGUUUUGGCGUGGAUCAGAACCGCAUUAUCAUUAGCGGGGACAGCUGCGGGGCCAAUUUCGCAGCCCGCAUUUGUCAAUUGCUGGCGGACAGGACAGACCUCCCCAAAGUGCACGCACAACUUUUGAUCUACCCAGCACUGCAGGGGGUGGACUUCUAUCUGCCUUCUUAUCAACAGAACAGAAGGGUGCCCAUCAUGUGGCGGGAAUUCGUGCCGUAUUUCGCCUGCCUUUAUCUUCGAAAGGAUGUAUCUCUUAGAGCAGACAUCUUGGAGAGCCGCCACGUUCCUGAAGAUCUGAAACGAAAGUACAGUAAGUGGGUGAGUGCAGAUCUUAUUCCUGAGGAAUUCAAGACCCGAGGCUACAAACCACAGGAUCCUGCUUUAUAUAGGUUUAAGCCCCAGGUAUAUGAACAGAUCAAAGAAGUUUUGGACGUAACCUUUUCGCCUCUGUUGGUGGAAGAUGCUGUGAUCCGCAAACUCCCUCAGGCGUACAUUUUGAUCUGUGAAUUUGAUGUCGUUAGAGAUGACGGACUCCUGUACAAGAAACGUUUAGAGGACAACGGGAUACCCGUGACACUGUGCCACAUCAAGGGCGGCAUCCACGGGGUCCUCAGCCUUUUUGGCUAUGGCAUCUUCUCUUUUCCGUCCGCAGAACUCAUUGGAAAGGACAUUACAAAGUUUAUCCAAAGCUUAUGAUG